AUGCCUAAAAUAAAGGCGGAAAAAAAAUCAAGAGUUCACAAUGAAAUUGCUAAACAAGGUAUUCAGUUCAAUAAGGAUUUUGGUCAGCAUAUUUUAAAGAACCCACUCAUCAUUACUUCUAUGCUUGACAAGGCUGGUUUAAGACCGACAGAUGUUGCUCUUGAAAUUGGUCCCGGUACCGGUAAUAUGACCAUUAAGAUGUUGGAUAGAGUGAAAAAGGUCAUCGCCUGUGAAAUCGAUACAAGACUGGUGGCCGAACUUCAGAAGCGUGUUCAAGGGACACCAUACCAGGCUAAGCUGCAAAUACUAGUGGGAGAUGUUUUGAAAACCGAACUGCCGUUCUUUGAUAUAUGUGUAGCAAAUAUUCCAUAUCAAAUCAGUUCACCAUUAGUAUUCAAACUGCUGCUACACAGACCUUUCUUUAGAUGCGCAGUAUUGAUGUUUCAACAGGAGUUUGCACAGAGAUUAGUAGCAAAACCGGGAGACAAACUAUAUUGUAGAUUAUCGAUUAAUACUCAAUUGUUAGCUAGAGUUGAUAUGUUGAUGAAGGUUGGCAAAAACAACUUUAGACCUCCACCGAAGGUCGAGUCUAGUGUGGUCAGAAUAGAACCAAGAAAUCCACCGCCUCCAAUAAAUUUUGUGGAAUGGGAUGGCCUUACGAGGAUAGCAUUUGUUAGAAAAAACAAAACAUUAUCAGCAUCUUUCAAACAGAGUACAACAUUAGCUGUACUUGAGAAAAACUAUAAAGUUCAUUGUUCAUUACACAAUAAGGAAAUACCAGAAGAUUUCGACAUCAAACAGAAGGUACAAGAUGUUUUAACGGCAGCCGAAGCUGAUCAGAUGCGAGCCAGGACAAUGGAUGUGGAUGAUUUUAUGAAAUUAUUACAUGCUUUCAACUCUGAAGGAAUACACUUUGCAUAA